AGAGAAAGGAAAAAAAAAUCCAAAACAAACAAACAAACAAACAAGGCAGAACCAACCUCUACUUCAAACCAGCCGGCACAAGCCACCCGUGUCUGCCAUCCAGAGAGGGGGGUCUCUGGCCCCUGGUGGAGGAGUUGCGGGGGGAUCGUCAGGGGGACAGAGGCCGAGUGACGUCCUAGGAGCCACCGGGCCAGAGGCGGAGGAGACCCAGAGAGGCCAGAGAGACAGCGGGCCCCCGCGCGCGGCUCGGGGCUGGGGCGCCAGAAGUGGGACUGGAGCGAAGUAGAGCGAUGCCAAGGAGGAAACAGCAGGCACCCAAGCGGGCGGCAGGCUAUGCCCAGGAGGAACAGCUGAAAGAAGAGGAAGAAAUAAAAGAGGAAGAGGAAGAGGAGGAGGACAGCGGUUCUGUAACUCAGCUUCAGGGUGGCAAUGACACAGGGACAGAUGAGGAGAUAGAAACAGGCCCAGAGCAGAAAGGCUGCUUCAGCUACCAGAACUCUCCAGGAAGUCAUUUGUCCAAUCAGGAUGCCGAGAACGAGUCUCUGCUGAGCGAUGCCAGUGAUCAGGUGUCGGACAUCAAGAGCAUCUGUGGCCGAGAUGUGUCAGACAAGAAAGCGAACACUCACCCCAAGCUUCCAAGCGAAGCACACAAUUGCAUGGAUAAAAUGACGGCUGUCUAUGCCAACAUCUUGUCUGAUUCCUACUGGUCAGGCCUGGGCCUUGGCUUCAAGCUGUCCAAUGCUGAGAGGCGGAAUUGUGACACGCGCAAUGGCAGCAACAAGAGUGAUUUUGAUUGGCACCAAGACGCUCUGUCCAAAAGCCUGCAGCAGAACUUGCCUUCUAGAUCCGUCUCGAAACCCAGCCUGUUCAGCUCGGUCCAGCUGUACCGGCAGAGCAGCAAGAUGUGCGGAACCGUGUUCACGGGGGCCAGCAGGUUCCGCUGCCGGCAGUGCAGCGCGGCCUACGACACCUUGGUCGAGCUGACCGUGCACAUGAACGAGACGGGCCACUAUCAAGAUGACAACCGCAAAAAGGACAAACUCAGACCCACGAGCUAUUCAAAGCCCCGGAAAAGGGCUUUCCAGGAUAUGGACAAGGAGGAUGCUCAGAAGGUCCUGAAAUGUAUGUUUUGUGGCGACUCCUUCGAUUCCCUCCAAGAUCUGAGCGUCCACAUGAUAAAAACAAAACAUUACCAAAAAGUGCCUUUGAAGGAGCCAGUACCAACCAUUUCGUCGAAAAUGGUCACUCCGGCGAAGAAACGCGUCUUUGAUGUCAACCGGCCAUGUUCCCCCGAUUCGACCACAGGGUCGUUCGCAGAUUCUUUUUCCUCCCAGAAGAACACCAGCUUGCAGGUGAGCGCCAACAACCGCUACGGCUACCAAAACGGCGCCAGCUACACCUGGCAGUUUGAGGCCUGCAAGUCCCAGAUCUUGAAGUGUAUGGAGUGUGGAAGCUCGCACGACACCUUGCAGCAGCUCACCACCCACAUGAUGGUCACAGGUCACUUUCUCAAGGUCACUAGCUCUGCCUCCAAGAAAGGGAAGCAGCUGGUGUUAGACCCACUGGCAGUGGAGAAAAUGCAGUCCUUGUCAGAGGCCCCAAACAGCGAUUCCCUGGCUCCCAAGCCGUCAAGUAACUUGGCGUCUGACUGUGCAGCCUCUACGACCGAGUUAAAGAGAGAGAGUAAAAAAGAAAGGCCAGAGGAAGCCGGCAAGGAUGAGAAAGUCAUAAAAAGCGAGGACUAUGAAGAUCCUCUGCAAAAGCCUUUGGACCCCACAAUAAAAUACCAGUAUCUGAGGGAGGAGGAUUUGGAAGAUGGCUCCAAGGGUGGAGGGGACAUUUUGAAAUCUUUGGAAAAUACAGUCACCACAGCCAUCAACAAAGCCCAAAAUGGGGCUCCAAGCUGGAGCGCGUACCCCAGCAUUCACGCAGCCUACCAGCUGUCGGAGGGCACCAAGCCGCCUCUGCCCGUGGGAUCCCAGGUCCUGCAGAUCCGACCUAAUCUCACCCACAAGUUGAGGCCGAUUGCACCCAAGUGGAAAGUCAUGCCACUCGUUUCUGUGCCCACAAACCUGGCCCCAUACACGCAAGUCAAGAAGGAGUCGGAAGACAAAGAUGAAGCCGUGAAGGAGGGUAGGAAAGAAAGUCCCCAUGAAGAGGCCUCGUCUUUCAGCCACGGUGAGGGGGACUCUUUCUCCAAAAGUGAAACGCCUUCAGAAUCCAAAAAGCCGGAGCCAUGUCCCCUGAAGGAAGAGGACAAGCUGAUGAAAGAGUGUGGCGAGAAGGAGAAACCCCAGCCCCUAGAGCCCACGUCGUCUCUUAGCAACGGCUGUGCCCUGACCAGCCACCCCGCGGGCCUCCCGUGCAUCAACCCGCUCAGUGCCCUGCAGUCCGUCUUGAACAAUCACCUGGGCAAAGCCACGGAACCCUUGCGCUCGCCUUCCUGCUCCAGCCCGAGCUCAAGCACAAUUUCCAUGUUUCACAAGUCCAGUCUCGGCGUCAUGGACAAGCCGGUGUUGAGUCCCGCCUCCACGAGGCCGGCCAGCGUGUCCAGGCGCUAUCUAUUUGAGAACAACGACCAGCCCAUCGACCUGACCAAGUCCAAAAGCAAGAAAGCCGAGUCCUCGCAAGCACAAUCCUGCACGUCCCCGCCUCAGAAGCACGCUCUGUCUGACAUCGCCGACAUGGUCAAGGUCCUCCCCAAAGCCACCACCCCAAAGCCCGCUGCUUCUUCCAGGGUCCCUCCCAUGAAGCUGGAGAUGGAUGUCAGGCGCUUCGAGGAUGUCUCCAGCGAGGUCUCGACUUUGCAUAAAAGAAAAGGCCGGCAGUCCAACUGGAACCCUCAGCAUCUUCUGAUUUUGCAAGCUCAGUUCGCCUCCAGCCUCUUCCAGACAUCAGAGGGCAAGUACCUGCUGUCCGAUCUGGGCCCACAAGAGCGUAUGCAAAUCUCGAAGUUUACAGGACUUUCCAUGACCACCAUCAGCCACUGGCUGGCAAACGUCAAGUACCAGCUUAGGAAAACGGGGGGGACGAAAUUUCUGAAAAACAUGGACAAAGGCCACCCUAUCUUUUAUUGCAGUGACUGCGCCUCCCAGUUCAGAACCCCUUCUACGUACAUCAGUCACUUGGAGUCUCACCUGGGUUUCCAAAUGAAGGAUAUGACCCGCAUGGCAGUGGAUCAGCAAAGCAAGGUGGAGCAAGAGAUCUCCCGGGUAUCGUCGGCUCAGAGGUCUCCGGAAACAAUAGCUGGUGAAGAGGACACAGACUCUAAAUUCAAGUGUAAGUUGUGCUGUCGGACAUUUGUGAGCAAACAUGCGGUAAAACUCCACCUAAGCAAAACGCACAGCAAGUCACCCGAACACCAUUCACAGUUUGUAACAGACGUGGAUGAAGAAUAGCUCCGCAGGUAUG